CUUUGUGAGACCAAAACAAGAGGCUAGAAUUGCAGCAAGGCAAUAAUACGACUCUCAAGACACAUAUCAGGUUCCGGAAGCAUUGUUGCUGAGGACCAAUUCACCGUCAAGUAUCAAGUCUCCACGCUUCUGAAACGUGACAGAGCCUCAUCGGCUUUCACUUCAGCUGCGAAGAUCCAUCAACUCACCCGUUUUCAUCAAGAAACGGUAAAAAUGUCGGGAUAUCCAGGUCAAGGAUAUGGCGGUGGAUAUCAACAGCAAGGCUAUGGUGGCUACGAACAAGGUGGCUAUGAGCAGCAAGGUGGAUAUGACCAGCGAAAUCAAUACAAUGAUGGCUACUCUCAGCAAAAUCGAGGUCAAUAUGGUGGACAUGCUCCCCCACCACCACAAGGAAUGGUCAGUUUUGGACAUGGAGCUCCAGAUGCAUAUGCCUUCCAGUACUCUAAUUGCACUGGUCGUCGAAAGGCGCUCUUGGUCGGCAUCAAUUACUUUGGCCAAAAUGGGGAACUUCGAGGUUGCAUCAACGAUGUCGGAAACGUCUCCAGAUAUUUGACCGAGAAUUUCGGAUAUGCCCGAGAGGACAUGGUGAUCCUCACCGACGACCAGCAAAAUCCAAUGGGCCAACCUACCAAAGAGAACAUCAUUCGUGCUAUGCACUGGCUAGUCAGAGACGUCCAGCCCAAUGACUCCUUGUUCUUUCAUUACUCGGGCCAUGGAGGUCAGACUGACGAUGUGGAUGGAGAUGAAGAAGAUGGCAAUGACGAGGUUAUCUAUCCAGUCGACUACAAGCAGGCUGGUCACAUUGUUGACGAUCAGAUGCAUUCAAUCCUGGUCUCUCCCCUCCAGCCUGGUGUCCGAUUGACUGCAAUCUUUGAUUCAUGCCACUCUGGUUCGGCCCUGGAUUUGCCAUACAUUUACUCGACCCAAGGAGUCCUGAAAGAGCCCAACCUUGCUAAAGAAGCUGGUAUGGGUCUCCUCGGGGUUCUCUCAUCUGCUAGUCAAGGUGACUAUGGAAGUGUUGCCGGUCAUCUGAUUGGAUUCUUCAAGAAGGCGACGGACGGUGAUGAGGCUUACGAGAAGACUGUUGCUACGAAGACAUCGCCCGCAGAUGUCGUGAUGUGGUCUGGCAGUAAGGAUGAUCAGACAUCGGCCGAUGCAACAAUUGCUUCUCAAGCCACUGGUGCAAUGUCAUGGGCUUUCAUCAGUGCCAUGAAGGCCAAUCCUCAGCAGAGUUACGUUGAGCUAUUGAAUAGUAUCCGUGAUGUUCUCGCUACGAAGUACACCCAAAAGCCUCAACUUAGCUGCAGUCAUCCUUUGGGUAAGUAAAAUCCGAUUGGCAGGAAAUCUUGCUGACUUCUUGUAGACACCAAUUUGCUUUUCAUCAUGUAGACCGUUUGAGAAAGGAUAGAUCAAAGAUAGGAAUAUUUUCCCUUUACACAAGCGCUGAUGUCUAGAUAAUUGCGAGACUUUCUCAAUGAACUUUACAUCCACGCGGGGGGUUAUCGCCUACAAGGUAUUGGGGCCAUGAGCCACACCCCUGUUCCACCUCUCUCUUCCUGCGGUCAAAGAUUACCGAUUACUUCCAUAGGCCAUUUAUCAUCUUGCGUUGUAUCUGAAGCUGUGCCGCAAAGGAUUUACUCCCUGAAACUGCGGCACGUGAGUUCCGCAAGCAUUUAUCCAUCCAUAAAAAGCUAGUGCUGAUUGUACGUCAACGAAUCCUCAAAUAAGUGCUAUCGACCACGUUUUCUUCUUUCAUUCAUUC